AUGGCGAAGACAAAAGUUCAAAAGAAUAUGUCACAAACCACGUGGCAUAAGAUAUGUGAAUCAUUUGCCAACAAAGAUUGGAAGCGUAAGUCCUUACGUAAUAAGAAGAGACAAACUGGGGUGGAACCUAAGGUAAUUGACUUUUAUAAGAUCUCUCACACAAAGAAAGAUGGGUCAUUUGUGACUCCGCUAUGUGAAGAACGAUACAAUUUGAUGCAAGACAUGUUGGUUGACGAAGAAGUUGUCUUAAAUGAAGAUGAAAUAUUUACACAAGUUCUUGGUGGGAAACAUUCUGGCCAUGAGCACAAUGUCAUAAUUUUGCCCAAUUUGAUGGGGAAGGUUAAAGAGAUUCGAUUCGAAAACUUCACGUCUUUUGUGCUAUGGAGUAUGAUGGACUUAUCACAACUGGACUUGAUUUCACAAUGCGAAGAUAAUUGUUCAUUGACACAUAUUGAACUUGAUGAUGUUGUGGCCAUCAAAAUGGACCCUCAAAAUGGAAUGUUGGAUGGAAAUGGAAAUGAAAUUGUAGUUGAUGAACAAUUAAAUGAUAGUGUGGUUAAUUGUCGGUCCAAGGCCAAGCUCAUAGAUGGAGAUAAAGUUGUUGAGGAACCUAAGAACAGUAUGCUAUUUGGCUCCAUGGAGGAAGUCAUUGACUAUUAUAGGAAUUAUGCAAAGCAAGCGGGAUUUGGUGUGAUACAAAAGAAGAAGAAAAAGUAUGAAAAUGGAGAUGGAGAUGUACAUUACAUCACCCUGACUUGUGCUCGUGGAGGCAAAGCAUCAGUCAGUUCAAGUAAUAACAUUUGCAAGCCUAACAAAACAAUCAAAACGGGGUGUAAGGUUACUUUGAAUGCAACGUUAGUGGGUACAUCGUGGUAUGUGACAAAUGUAAAUCUAUGGCAUAAUCACGAUUUAAGCCCAGGUAAAGCAAGAUACUUUCGGUGCAACAAGAUGUUGGAUCCUGCUACGAAGAGAAAGCUUGAUAUAGAUGAUAGAGCUGGAAUCCGAGGUGUCGCAGCACUUCGUGACUAUUUCAAUAGAAUGCGGAAAGUGAAUGAUGAUUUCUAUUUUGAUAUAGACGUGGAUGAUGAGUGUAGGCUGAGAAAUGUGUUUUGGACUGAUGCACGAAGUAGGGCAUCGUAUGAAGAUUUUGGUGAUGUGGUUACAUUUGACACAACAUACUUAACCAACAAAUACAAAAUGCCAUUUGCCCCUUUUGUGGGGGUAAACCAUCAUGGUCAAUCAAUUCUUUUAGGAGCGGCAUUAAUUUCAUAUGAGGAUACGGCGUCAUUUGUUUGGUUGUUCGAGGCAUGGUUGAAAUGCAUGAAGGGCCGUGCGCUAGGGGCAAUUAUUACAGAUCAAGAUAGGGCCAUGAAAAAUGCUAUUAGUAAGAGUAUGCUCGAGUGUUAUAAUCUGGAGGAGAAUGCAUGGCUGCGUGAUUUAUACAGUGAACGGACUUUCUGGGAAUUUGUAGAUCAAUACGAUAACGCUUUGCGUAGGAAGGUUGAGGUUGAGAAUGUUGCUGAUUUUGAUUCCUUCAAUACCACAAUUUCAUGUGUAAGCUAUUGGCCCAUUGAGAAGCAAUUUCAAAAAAUGUACACCCAUGCCAAGUUUAAAGAAGUUCAGAAUGAGAUUUCAGAGUUGUUGUUUGUUCGAAUCAAGAGGAUUUUGUGCAAACAUGCCAUAUCCGUGUUGACUACAUUUGAAGAUGUGGAUUUGUUGCCCAAAAAGUAUUUUCUAAACCGAUGGAGGAAGGAUUUGAAGCGGCCAUAUAAGCUAAUCAAGAAUAGUUAUGAUCCCUUGAGUGGCAACCCUACUGCAAAUCAAUAUGCUGAACUGAGCAAAAAUGUGCUGAAGUUAUCCGCAAUUGUAGCACCAAACGUGGACCAUUGCAUGGAAGUGCAAAAGUAUGUUGAUAUGCUAAUUAAGAAAUUUAGCAGUCCAAGCUGUGAACAAAGUCAACCUUCCCAAUCGCUCCCAAGUGCACCUAUGAUCGAUAAUGAAGCCAUGGAUUGUAUGGAGGUGGAGGUGUGUAGUCCUCUCGUGGCUCGGACUAAAGGGAAGCGACCAUCAACGAGAAAAGUGUAUGUGGUUGAAAAAGCAGUGAGGAAAAAGUCAAAAGGAGGAAAUAAGAAACAGAGUAACACAAAUCCCGAGCAGCAAAGGAAAAAGAAAAAGAAGGAGGAAAAGAGGUGGGUGAUGAGUGUAAUGGAAUUUGAAUCAGGUGACAAUGUUCUUUCCUUAUAUGAGUUUGAGUACCAUAAACCAUAA